CGACGACCUUCGGAUGGGGAUGAAAAUUAGAGAACGCGUUACACCGGCUCUAGGAAAGUCGUCAUCGUGAAGAGAGAAAUGAUCUACACACCUCUGUCUGUAUUUAAAAACCAUAUAAACAAAGCUGUUAUUUACCUAAAUCAUCCAACAUUUUUACCGAAGACACUUUUUGAACGACUAUGGAAAAAUGCUUACCCUGUGGCCUUUGUAGAUGGGUUUGCAAACCAAAUCUACGAAGAUGUAAAUUACAGAGAUAAUUAUUUCCCUCAUUUCUUAACUGGAGAUUUUGAUUCCAUUCAACCAGAAGUUCUAGAAUUUUACCGUUCAACAAAAAACGUUUCGGUUAUUGAGACACCUGAUCAAGAUGAAACUGAUUUUACAAAGUGUGUACGUACAAUUAUCAGUAACAUAAAACAAAAUAAUGUGAAAGUAGAUGUUCUUGUUGCAGUGCAGAUGAGUGGUGGAAGAUUCGAUCAUGAAAUGGGAUUAAUUAAAACGCUAUAUGAAACAAAGCGACUUACUAACAUUCCGUUGCUUCUAGUGAGUGAAUGCUCAGUCACAUUUUUGUUGGAUGAAGGUGAACAUACUAUAUAUGCUAACACGGGGUAUGAAGCACAACAUGUAGGUCUAAUCCCUGUUGGACAACCAUGUCAAGUAACAACUACAGGUCUUCAAUGGAACUUAGAUAACGAUACUCUUUCGUUUGAUGAUAUUGUUUCCUCAUCGAACCAUCUGUUGAGUGAUAUUGUCCAUGUAAAAUGUAACCGACCUUUACUUUUUACUAUGGAAUAUAAAAAUGAUUUGAUUAACUAAUAAUAUGAAUGAAUAUAUAUUAUUCUCUUAUUUAUUGACUAGCCGGUGAUUACAAUUUUAAACAUGUGUGCUAUGAUAAAACAGUAAUUUUCUUGUUUGCAAAUGUUAC